AGAGCGAGUGUAUGUGUGUGAGUCUCGUGUGCGCCCGCGUUUUGGCGCUGGAGGCGGAGAGAGUUCGUGCUACAUAGGCGCAGAGAGAAAUUGAAGCUGACAGUAGCAGAGCAGAGUUUGACUCAUUCUGUUCGAGAUGCAGAGUGGGGCAGGACUGCAAACGAUGAUUUUCAUGCACGAUUUAUAAAAUGUUUAUGUAGAAAAUAGCAAAGAUCUUAAGUUUCUUCAAUAUUUCGAUGUUUGAUUCCUUUUGUCGAUAUGAUUCUUCAUCAGAAUCAUUUAGCCGUCGAUGGAAAGCGAUGCGCAAAACCAGCAAUGGUCCUUUAUUUUUUCAUGUUUAUUCCAUUUGUCAGUCUAGUGCUCGGUGAAGUCCGUUAUUCUAUUCCCGAGGAAAUGAAGGUCGGUUCCGUUAUCGGUAACUUGGCACGGGAUUUAGGACUGGACAUCGCUGAAUUGGUGAAGCGCAAAGCCCGGGUUGUGGCUGAGGGAAGCAGACAGUACUGUGAGUUAAACACAGAAACGGGAGCUUUACUGGUCAGCGAGAGAAUGGACCGCGAGGAGCUAUGUGCACAGGCGGCUGUUUGUGUCGUUCAGUUUCAACUGCUACUUGAAAACCCGCUCAAAGUGUACAGUCUUAUUUUGGAAGUACAAGACAUCAACGACAACAGCCCCGUGUUCGCCAAUGGAGAGAUCGAACUCGAACUAGUCGAGUCGACUAUUUUGGGAAGACGGUUCCCAUUGGAGAGCGCACGGGACCCCGACAUGGGAACCAAUACGAUUAAGCAUUACAGGCUCAGCCAAAAUGACUACUUUGCCUUAGAAAUGAAUAAGCAAGUUAAUGCCAAUGCCUACCCAGAACUGGUUCUUAAAAAAACACUGGACCGUGAGACCCAAUCGGAAUAUUAUUUGACUAUUAGUGGGAUUGACGGAGGAAAUCCACCCCGAUCUGGGACUGCUUCGAUUCACAUUCAUGUGCUGGAUGCAAACGACAAUGUUCCCGUUUUUAGUCAGAGAGUUUACAAAGCGUCUAUAGCAGAAAAUUCACCUCCAGGCACAUUGGUGACGAAAAUAAACGCCACAGAUCUGGAUGACGGUGUUUAUGGAGAAGUAACGUAUUCGUUCAGUCACGUGUCGGACAAAACUCGAGGGGUUGUUGAAAUUGACUCUGUCACGGGCGAGGUGAGGGUUAUCGGCUUAAUGGAUUAUGAAGACGUGAAUGUCCACGAGCUAGACGUCCAGGCUAAAGAUGGCGGUGGUCAGUCCUCUCACUGUAAACUCAUUAUUGAUGUUAUUGACUUGAAUGACAAUUCGCCCGUGAUAUCUGUAAAAUCAGCUUCCUCCUCUGUGCCUGAAGAUGCAUUACCGGGAACUAUGGUUGCAUUAUUGAACGUGUACGACCAAGACACUGGGACAAGCGGUCGUGUCACUUGCGAUAUAACAGACAAUGUCCCAUUUAGACUGGUAUCAGAGGUGAAAAAUUAUUUCAUGCUUGUGACAGACGACAUUUUGGACAGAGAAACACAUGCAGCCUUCAAUAUUACAAUAACUGCUGUGGAUUCUGGGUCUCCUCCUUUAUAUAGCAGUAAAGUCAUACCUAUAACAGUCUCAGAUGUAAAUGACAAUGCACCUGUUUUUUCCCAAAAAUUGUAUACUGUGGACAUCCCUGAAAACAGGCCUCAAGGCACACCUGUCAUCAGAGUCACAGCACAGGACAAGGACUCUGGUUCGAAUGCUAAAAUUCAUUAUUCACUACGUCUGGAAGCAGAUCCAGUGACUGCUUCUCUUCUCUCAAUCAACUCCGAGACAGGGGACAUUUUCACCUCCCGUCCCUUUGAUUAUGAGACGGCGAGUCACUUCCAGAUAAUUGUCAGCGCACGAGAUGCGGGGAGUCCACCUCUGACCAGUACGUGCACAGUCCGGGUUUUUGUCAGUGAUCAAAACGACAACGCCCCCGUGAUUCUGUAUCCUGUCCAGUCCUCCAGCUUCAUAGCCGAGGACAGAGUACCGCUGGCAGCCCCCAGAGGUUACCUGGUCACCAAGGUUGUCGCCGUGGACGCCGACGCUGGCCACAACGCCUGGCUCUCCUAUCGCAUCGUCAAGGCUACUCAGCCCAACCUGUUUUCAGUGGGAGUCCACUGCGGCGAAAUAAGGACCCUCCGGCCAUUUUUUGAGGAUGACGAAAUCAAGCAGACCCUGGAGAUCUUGGUGGAGGACAACGGCCCAGAGUCUCUGACCGCCACAGCCACUGUGAGCAUCGCCAUCGGUGAUGGCCUGCCUGUUGUGGACGAGCUGUCCGACUUCGGCCCCGAUGAGUCAGCCCCAAACGAUGACUUAAUUUUCUACUUGAUCAUCGCGCUGGCCUCCGUAUCAGGCCUGUUUCUCGUCCUGGUCAGCUCCGUGAUCUACGUCAAACUGUGCCGGCGCAGCUUGUACCGGGGCGCCUCGUCCAACCUGCCCGUCUUCCCGCCCACCUACGGCCCGCCUCACUACUCGGACGUCA